AAGCAGAACUUGGACACGGAGAACCUGGUGAUUGAGCACAUUGCUGUCAGCAGGGCCCCCCGCGGCCGCCGCAGGACCUACAGGGCCCACGGGCGCAUUAAUGCCUACAUGUCCAGCCCCUGCCACAUCGAGGUGAUAGUGCGGGAGCAGCAAAAGGAAGUCCCGCGGCCGCGGGAGCAGCAGCAGCAGCGGCUUUCGCGGAAGCAGCUCGCGCGCUCCCGCAUUCGCGUCGGCAACCCCGCGCACUAG